CAGAAUUGUGUAACAACAAAGAUAUUAGAAUGUUUUUGUUGUACCCGGCCGGGGCUAUUCUAUAUUAAUUUUAAUGUAUAUUUGAAGUAAUGUGAUUUGUUUAUUCGUGUGUGUAUGUGUGCGUGUUUCUGUUUGUGUAUGUGUUUUAUUAUAUUAAGUUAAGAUAAGAUGGACGAGCCUCUCAGACAGUCCCUUCAUCUAUCUUCACCAUAUGAUUCUAGCCCCAAGACCUUUUGUCACUAUUUAAUAAAAUGGUUAAGUUAUAUAACGGUAGAGCCAACCAUGGUGCUCUAUAUGAUGGCCUUCAUGAUUACCUCAGUUGUAGAACAGUCAUUUUUCGUUUAUAAAGCUUGCACCGUGAAUCAUGGAUAUAAUGAUACUAUCUGUAAGAAUAUUAACAACAAAACGUAUGAGAAUAUUACAAAGGAAGUACAAAUUACAGUCUCAACAUUUCACCAAUGGAAUGACAUAGCGGGUCAUGUCGGCCAAAUUCUAUUAGCUUUUUUUAUGGGCGCAUGGUCUGACCGUCGUGGGCGUAAAUUGCCACUUCUUAUGGGAUUAUUGGGAAAACUUUAUUACUCUGUAAUGAUUGUAGUCAACUCUCUACAGCCCACUUGGCCAGUCGAAUAUAUUGUUUACACUGCAACGUUGCCGAUGGCUUUUACGGGUGCUGAUGUUGCCAUUUUUGCUGCUGCCUUUACCUAUUUAGUUGAUAUAACUGACAAAAAAAGAAGAACAAUGAGAGUUACCAUCCUAGAGGUAUGUUAUUUAGCAACGAUGCCAAUAGGUAUUGCUUUGGGAUCAAUUAUUUACAGCAAUAUAAAUCAGUCUUACACAAAAAUGUUUAUUAUUAAUGCCAGUUUGCUUGCAGCGUCUAUUAUUUAUUCGCUUGUAAGACUAAAAUGGAGAACGUCAGCCAAUCAGAAGCCACUAUCUGAGGCUAGGAAUUUGCUCCUAGAUUUCUUUGAUUAUAACCAUGUUGUUAACACUGCUAAAACUUUGUGCAAAUGGCGUCCAAACAAAAAACGUACAAUACUUAUUACCUUAAUCAUUAUGAUGGCUCUCUACACUUUCCAAAGGGACGAACGCAAUAUGACUUACCUGUAUUGUCAAUUGGUAUUUAACUGGUCUGUAACACAAUAUAGUACCUUCCGAACAGUUCAAAGUGCACUUCAGGAUUUAGGAUUAUUAAUUGCUAUUCCGCUAAUGAGCAGAAUUCUAGGAUGGAAGGAUACGGUCAUUAUAAUGGUGGGAGCUAUGGCGCAUACCAUCGCUAGGAUAUUUUAUAGUGGGGCAAUCGCUACUUGGGUGUUCUAUAUGGGUGGUAUAUUUGCGGCUUUUGGCCCAAUAGUCGCACCAGUUAUACGAUCGAUGGUUUCUAAAAUUGUUGCGACUUCCGAAAAAGGUAAAGCAUUUUCAGUCUUAGGUGUAGCAGACAACGCCAUACCACUUAUAUCAGGUGUAUUGUACAGUAAGUUAUAUAAUGCCACAAUAGACAUUCAUCCAGCAGCUAUUUUUUAUCUAACGAUGGCUUCUCAAUUAGGAGUGUUCUUACUAGUACUGUUAAUUCAUUUUAUCUACAAAGAGGAUAAAACUGAAGUAGAUUCUGAUGAAGUAACUGAAAGUUCUUUUCGACAGGAUGAUGACAGGUCGUAGUACUACUAAUUUGCAUAUGUCCACUGUAGUGUUUAAGUUUAAAAUUCACGAUAAGAAAAGUUUGGGUAUAUUUAGUUAACUAUUAGAUGAGUAAUAUUCUUUUUAGAUUAGGGUUGAUUUUUAAAACCAUUAUAAGUAUUUUAAGUUAAGUUUAGUUACUUAAGUUUAUCAAAGGGUGUUUAACCUUAGGCAAUAAGAGCAUUCCUUUAUUUUUUAAGAAUUUUUAAAUAUUAUGCCUCGAAACUAAAACGAAAAGACUUUAAAUUAGACUUAGGUUUUUUAAAUUAGACUCAUACUUUUAUUAAAGGCCAAAAUUUAUACGUAUGAAAUUUUAAAUAUACAUAUCAUACUCAAUAAUUAUAUUUUAGUAUAUAAAUA